AGGACAGGCCGGUACGACCAGACGGUUGACAAAUUUUACGUUCAGUUGUUCGCGCAAUCUGGCCGCGAACGGUUCGGAAAAUCUCCUUUCUUUUUGUUUGAGCUUUUGGUCUUAACCGGUGUUUAAUAGUGAAUUUUUAAGAUUGCCGGGCGCAAAUCGUAUCCCAGCACAAUGACGGAAGAUAAUGUGAGAUCCAACCCGGAGCCCGCGCCACCGGCGCAAUUUGUGGCCAGCGAUUUUAAUUCCACCACCAAACUCGCCGAUAAUCCCGUCGACGAUGAAGAGUACAACCCGUUCGAACACCGCCAGAUUGAUAAACCAAACAGCACGAGUGGCUCUCUAAUCCAUCUACUCAAAAGUUCCUUGGGUACCGGCAUCCUGGCCAUGCCCGUGGCCUUCAAAAAUGCUGGUCUCCUGUUUGGUGCCAUCGGUACCGUGAUAAUCGGUCUCAUCUGUACGCACUGUGUGCAUAUUCUGGUCAAAACGUCGCACGAUGUGUGCAAAAAGACGCGGAUACCGGUGCUGGGCUUUGCCGAAACCGCCGAACGUGUGUUCCAGUACGGACCAGUGAAACUUCGGAAGAUGGCCAACUUUUCAAAACUCUUCGUGGACUACGGCCUCAUGGCGACGUACUUUAGCGCAGGCUGUGUCUACAUAGUCUUCAUCGGCAGCUCGCUGGAGAAGGUUAUCAACACGGCGGCCGACCUGGACUGGAGCGUGCGAAUCUACAUCCUGCUGACGAUGCUUCCCGUCCUGCUGAUCGGUCAGAUCCGCGAGCUCAAGUUCCUGGUGCCGUUUUCCUUCCUCGCCAACAUGUUUAUCGUGGUCACGUUCGGCAUCACGCUGUACUACAUCUUCAAGGACCCGCUCGUGUUUGACGACAAACCGAACUUUGCCUCGCUCGCCACGCUUCCGCUGUUCUUCAGUACCGUGAUCUUCGCCAUGGAAGGAAUCGGCGUUGUGAUGCCCGUCGAGAACUCGAUGGCCAAGCCACAGCAGUUCCUGGGAUGUCCCGGAGUGCUGAACACCGCCAUGGGAACCGUCAUUACGCUGUACGCCGUGAUUGGAUUCUUCGGUUAUGUUCGGUAUGGAGACGAGUCCGCCGGAAGUGUGACGCUGAACCUGCCAGCUGAAGAUCUUCUCGCCAAGAUUGCCCAGCUGCUGAUCGCGGCCGCCAUCCUGUUCACCUUCGGGCUGCAGUUCUACGUCCCGAUGGACAUCCUCUGGCGCAAGGUCCACACCAAGAUCCCCAAGGACAAGCACAACAUUGCCCAGAUUGGUCUGCGCACCGGAAUCAUGAUCGUGAUGGCCGGCGUGGCCCUGGCCGUGCCCGACCUGGAACCCUUCAUCGGUCUAGUGGGAGCGAUCUUCUUCUCCAGCCUCGGUCUGCUGGUGCCGUGCGUCGUCGAAACCGUCUUCCGGUGGCCCAACGAACUGGGCACCUUCAAGUGGGUCCUCAUCAAGAACGUCAUCUUUGGCGCGUUCUCGAUCUUUGCCCUGGUCGCCGGAUCGUUCGUCAGCAUCGAGGAGAUCAUCAAGAUUUACACCAACGAUAACCACACCGAGUAGAUGUUAGUACAAAGUAAGUGCGCGGCCACGUUGUGAAUGCCAUCUUACAUUAAGAUACGCUUGGCGGAGGGUGACCAUCCGUGGAGAACACAACGGGGCCGGACAGGGGGGUGCAACCGAACGAAUGAUUUCAGCAACUGAAUGCAGGGCUUUUUGUAAAGUGAUUGAUUUUUAGGAGGAUUUUAGGUGCAGUGAGACACUAUUUUAUUUGUACAAAGUGUUAAAUGACGAACAAAACCUUUUUAAAAUAAUCCGUGUAA